CACACACACACACAAGAUGGGGUAUUUUGGGAAAUCAAAUAACGGACCUCGCGACAAAACCCCUCCAACCAACGUGUAGUUGUGAUGUAAACGUAGCCGCGUUUGUCAAACGAGUUCUGGUCAAGGUUGGACUACCAAGAAAGACGAAAGGAGAUCCAACAUCAUCAGCAGAACAAGUCGGGGACAAAAACAAACUGUUUCCCCUGGACUGCAUGAGUGGCUGAAUCAUUCAGAGGCUAACCAGCAGGCAGCGGUGACCUCAAACGGCGGUUUGCAACACCCGGCAGUUACCCUGACAAAGAUUCGCGGACUUGAUUAUCAACUGCCACUUUUGCGUUACUAGGGUUACGCGAGCGGUGACCGUCAGACCAGCGAGAUAGCGAGCUAGCGUUAGCUGUUAGCUAACGGUACCCUGAUUGUAACUGCUGGAGCUUGCUGGGGGAGCUAGCUACAGAUAUGUAGCCGAGGUUACGAGACUACUCUCCUUUACUUUAGUGUUCACGACAAAUGUGCUCGUCAGCUGGGAGUGACCUCGAGAAUGUGAAGUACAAUGGCCAACUUCGAAGCUUACCAGGAGUACCAGAGAAUUGAGGACUUCGAGGAGGACUCGCCACCAGGGGAGGCGGAUUUACUGGUGCACGUGCCAGAAGGCCUAAAAGAAUCAUGGCACCACAUCAAGAACCUGGAUCACUUCUUCAAAAGGAUCUAUCAUUUCCAUCAGAAGAAUGGCUUUGCUUGUAUGAUGUUAUCAGAGUUCUUCGAACUUAUUCAGUUGUUGUUUGUUGUGACAUUCACAACGUUCCUCGUCAACUGCGUGGAGUACGACGUCCUGUUUGCCAAUCGAGUGGUCAACCACACCGGGCCGGGCCAGAACCCCUUGGACCGGAACAAGGUCACUCUUACGGAUGCCAUCCUCCCGAGUCAGCAGUGCACUCAGAGGAUUCAAGAGAACAGUUGGAUCAUAUUCCUCCUCAUCAUGGCAGCCAUCUUCUGGAUCUACCGACUUGUCAAAGUCUUUUGCAAUGUUCUGAGCUACUGGGAGAUCAGGCAGUUCUACAGCAAAGCACUGAAGAUCCGUAUGGAUGAGCUCUGCAACUUCACAUGGCAGGAGGUCCAGGACCGGCUCAUCAGCCUGCAACGAGAACAGCAGAUGUGCAUCCACAAGAAAGAGCUGACCGAACUGGACAUCUAUCACCGCAUCCUGCGCUUCAAGAACUACAUGGUGGCCAUGAUCAACAAAUCGCUGCUGCCGGUGCAGCUGCAGCUCCCCCUGCUGGGCAACGUGGUGUUCCUCACCCAAGGCCUCAAGUACAACUUCGAGCUCAUCCUCUUCUGGGGUCCCGGCUCUCUGUUUCAGAACAAGUGGAACCUGCACCCCAAGUACAAGCGCAACGGAAACCGCCUGGAGCUGGCGCAGCAGCUGAGCCGAGUCAUCCUGCUGAUGGGCGUGGCCAACCUGCUGCUCUGCCCCUUCAUCCUGGUGUGGCAGGUGCUCUACGCCUUCUUCAGCUACACCGAGGUGAUCCGCAGGGAGCCCGGAAGCCUGGGCGCGCGGCGCUGGUCCCUGUUCGGCCGCCUGUACCUGCGGCACUUCAACGAGCUGGACCACGAGCUGCACGGACGCUUGGGCCGCGGCUACAAGCCCACGUCCAAAUACAUGAACUCCUUCACGUCGCCGGUGCUGACCGUGCUCGCUCAGAACUUUGCCUUCUUCUCGGGCUCGAUUUUGGCGGUGCUCAUUGCGCUGACGGUGUACGACGAGGACGUGCUGACGGUGCAGCACAUUCUGACCGCCAUCACGGUGCUGGGAGUGGUCAUCACGAUCGCCAGGUCCUUCAUCCCAGAUGAGCAUAUGGUGUGGUGUCCAGAACAGCUGCUGCAGUGUAUGCUGGCACACAUUCACUACAUGCCGGACCACUGGAGGGGCAACGCUAACAAGAGCGAGACCCGUGACGAGGUGGCGCAGCUGUUCCAGUACAAGGCGGUGUUCAUUUUGGAGGAGUUGCUCAGUCCUAUCGUCACACCCUUCAUUCUCAUCUUCCACCUGAGGAAUAAGUCUCUCGAGAUCAUUGACUUCUUCCGGAACUUCACCGUAGAAGUGGUGGGAGUCGGAGACGUCUGUUCCUUUGCGCAGAUGGACAUCAGGCGCCAUGGAAACCCGACGUGGCUAUCAGAGGGCCAGACGGAGGCCUCCAUAUACCAACAAGCUGAAAAUGGCAAGACGGAGUUGUCGCUGAUGCAUUUCACCAUUAAGAACCCACGCUGGCAGCCGCCUCAGGAGAGCUCCGUGUUCAUCGGCCAGCUGAAGGAGAAGGUGCAGCACGAUGCACAGGGGGGCCCCUCCACCCAGCUGCUGCUCUCCGAGGCUCCUCUCUGCACCUCACUGCAUUCCAACCAGUCCGGCACUAGGCCUGACAACCUGCUGGCCAGUGUCCUGGCACACCCCAUCCUCACUGCAUCUGGACUACAAGGGCGAGACCAUCGCUUCAUCCCACCGAGCACCGCUGCUUCUGCCGCUGCCAGUGUCCUGGCCUCUCUGUCCACCUCUCAGCUCCAGCACUCCGGCCGCUCCCACAGCCUCCUGCACUCGUCCAUCCACCCCGAGAGCACCAUGUACCGCAGCGACCGCAGCGGCAUCGAAAGUAUGUCCAACAGUGACUCUCACAUCCGGAGCAAUACGCUGCACACAGAGUUCGCCUCAGCAGAGAUGAGUCUCCAUGCCAUCUACAUGCACGAGCUCCACCAGCAGACCUCCCACCCACAGAGGACUUCGGGCCAGUGGCAGAACCCGGUGCCGAUGAGAGAUCUGCACACAAAUGCCGGUUUCCACGGAAACAGUGGCCUUGCCUCCAGCAUGUCCAUGCCCACCCCUGUCCACCUUGGUGGCUGGCAAGAGGAGGAAGAGGAGGAGCAGGAGGAAGAUCAGGAGAUUAAUAAUGGAUCUCCUGCGAAACAGGCUCCGGGGAGUCGUUGUUGACGUGCCUUAUGUCAUAAGGUAUAUGCUCUGAACUCCGCAGUACGACACGAGUCUACGAUCUAUGCUUUGUGGUUCUGUUUCCUGUGUAAACGACAACAACGGCCGUUUAUCCUACAAGGGAUACAUCGCCAUGACAAUUUCUCCUCUCUUACCUUUUUUUUUUGGAUAGAGUUUACAUUUUUUUUUCUUCUUCUAUGAACAUUGUGGCCUUAGAUGAUCUUCAUGGAGAAUUUUUAGCAUGGACCUUUUAAAAAAAUAUUAAAAAAACAUGACUCCGCUUGUUUUUGGAGGAGUGGCUCAUCGAAUAACCACCGUCUCUGCACCGCCGCGCCUCAUCCUGUCACAUCAGGCAGACCACGGCAUCAGGGAAACCAUACGUCUUCCGUCCGAUCCAUGUCGACCGUGUCAGAAACUGUGUGCGAAGCGAAAGAGAGAGAGAGACGUAUUCACGUCUUCAUAGGAUCACUGUGCGAGAGGCUCAUCUCGACUCACGCUGCGCCCGUUCGCGCACGCUUCAAGUGUUUGUGCAUCGGAGAAGAAAAAAAUAUUCCAGGCGCGAAUCUAAUUGAAGUGUCUUUGAGAGGGAUGGUCUGUGCUACAGAGAAGGCAAAAUGUAUCGUAGCUGCCUGAAUCCGAUUAUUCAAUAUUUCAAGUUGUGCUGUUUUAACCCUGGUGAUUUGUAAAUACACUUUUGCAUCCUAGUUAUCCUUUAAAAAGGCCACAUUUCUAUUACCAGAGCUUAUCCUUGAAAAGUAUACCAAGUAUUGAUUUGAUAAAGAGGGGACUGGACGGGAGCCAAACUACUAAAAUGUCUUUAAUCCAGAUAUACACUUGCGUCAACGCUGUGUUUAGUGGUCCUGAAUGCAGAUUUUGCUCAGUAUUAAUGUUUCCGGAGCUGAUGUGUGCGGGACUAAAAUCAUGGGACCCAAAUACACCCGGCGUCAAAAUCCCAAUGCCGAUAUAAGAUGUCUUUUUAAGUCUAUUGAAGCUGGACACAAAGUCCGCUUCAUGCCUUAACACCCAUUUAAUAACACACGUUUAAAUCCUCGUGUCUGUAUUACCUCAGUGGUGGUGAAGAACAAAUAUGACUAAUCAAUACCUCUGCAGUGUAAAUGCUCGUGUGUGAAUACAUAUACAAUAUGGGGUUAUGUGCAGUGUGCAGAUGCAUCUUUUAACUGCAUUUUGAUUUUAAUGGCAUGUGUAAAUCGGAUCUGUUCCAUCUUCCCUUGUUAUUUGCUGCCUAGCAGACGUUUUAAGUCAAGCAUUGAUGUCCCAGGAAACAGUGGGAAGGAAUCAUUUUCUAAAGAACAAAACAGGGUGGUGUUGCUUUUGAAAAUCAUUUUGUUUGCCUCCCUUUUUUCUAAAACGCUCCCAUAAAAAGAAGAAGAGGGAACUCCACCAUAAGGGCUGAUUUCAGAGUGCGCGCUGUUGUUUCUGCAGCUUUAUGCUUGAACAUUAUCAGGCAGCAGUUCCUCUGUGUUGACUUUAUACUUUCAAAGUAAGAGCAUGAGGAGGGAGAAAAAAAGCCUUUUCCACAGUCUGCAUCAUGUUAGCUUUAGGUUUAUUUAUUACCUGUCGCUCCCAGAUAUUUAAGUGAUUUAUGUGUAUUAUUUAUUUGUAGGAAAAAAAUAUUUGUGAUUGUUUUAUUAAAUGGUUUAAUUUCAGAAAUAAUUUUUUAUUAAAUAAAAAAAAGAACAAGUUCCCCCCUCCACAAAAAAAGGAGUAAAAUAAAGAAUUUGAUUUGGGAAUUCUGAUAAAGAGUUUUCAUGAAUGCAAAGAUAACAUGGGCAGCUGCAGCAUGAAGUGAAAUAAAGUGGGACUAAAUUAUUAACUCAACUAAACUAUUUGGUGUGUAAAAAAAGAUCUUCCUGGUCAUUUUGUAUCUCAUUCUUCACAGAUAACAGUAAUAUAUAUCUCGUCCUUCACAACUGCAAGACUUCACAGGAUACACAUGUCUGUGCCCUCUCUAGUUUAGAAACUAUGUAUAUGGAAGGAAUGCUUUUUGACACCUGCGUAAAACAUGAACUCCGUAUUUUGCACUGACAGAAUUUUUUUUUUAACGCGUGUGUGUAUAUAUAUAUAUAAUAUAUAUAUACACACACACACUACUGGCAUCCGCUACAUUCGAGAAACUGCAGGUCUCAAAAGGGACGCUUGAGUCAGUCUUUGUAUAUCAGCAUCAGCACAUAUUGUAUCGUCGUUGUCCACAACAGACCCUGUGUGUGUGUGUGUGUGUGUGUGUGUGUGUGUGUGUGUGUGUGUGUGUGUGUGUGUGUGUGUGUGUGUGUGUGUGUGUGUGUGUGUGUGUGUGUGUGUGUGUGUGUGUGUGUGUGUGUGUGUGUGUGUGUGUGUGUGUCGUAGAGACACUGGAGCUCAGCUUUGUGCACAGAGUUGAUUUCUUUGACCGUCUCCACAUCUCACUGUCUGUCUUUUUGAUUUGAAUCAGUGCCUUAGUAUUAAGGAUUAUCAAUUGUUCUUUUCUAGAAGCCAUUUUAAUGUAAACCAUUGGAUUUAGCAGCUCAUGCUAUGUACAGUAUUUUAUUUUGGCGAGUCGUUGUGUAUAGCAUCAUGUAUGUAAUGAAGUCGUGGAUGCGGCUCGUGAGAUGAGUCUGAUCCGGGGUCACACUUCUCCUUAUCGAUUUGCACUGUCCUCAGCAUCCUAGAGAAGUGGGAGUGUGCCUUGUACUUGCUGGUGUCAUCACAGCCAACCUUCUCAUCUUACUAUGGUUUCUUAUCCACUAUACACCAGUCUAACAAUCACAGGGACUGGUCACAAGGUGCUAAGUUUUCAUCCCGAAGUGUCGAAUAUGUUUUAACAUAUGUUUUUGGUUGUUUGUUCCACACGUCUGUCUGUUGGUUUUUGUUCCGUAAACUAAGAAAACACUAGCUGAAAAAUGAAACAUGCCAAAAUAACUUGUUUUCAGCACAGCUUUAUGAUUCAUGCAGUGUUUUUGUUUUUGUUUCUGUGAGUGAGUAGAGAGGCAAAAUACAUUUUAUUUUGAGUGUUUUUCAUCAUUACAUGUGUGGUUGAUUAUGCGAUGUUUAUGUGAAAUAAAAAAGAUAUUUAAAUUUUCA